GUGAUGUGCACGACACCUGUGUGUCCGAAGGACCUUCGACCCGUGAGGCGGGCUGGGGCCCCAAAGAUCUGGGCCUAUGGCUGCGACGUCUCGCAAGGAAAUGGGACAUUGAACCGCUGCUGCAUCGAGAAGGAAAUCUGCAUGCGCAGCUGUGGAAUGCCUUGGAAGAAAUGCAAGCAGCACUUCGAGCGAUGCCGCAUGUUCGCGGCAAUGCUUUAG